AUGGGUGAAUUAUUUUUACUGCGGAACAUCAAAGUCGCUGGUUCGAUGUCAGAACAAGAACGUGAUGAAGUUUUAGAAGAUGAUGAUGAUGAUGAAGAUAAUAAAAGUAGCCAACAAGAACGUGAUGAAUUUGUAGAGGAUGAUGAUAAUAAUAGUAUUCAAAGUAGCCCAUCAUGCGCACAGCCACUUCUAACUCAAUAUCAUGAUGAUGGAUCCACUCCUCUAUUAAUUCCGGAAAGGUUACAAUUUCCAACUUCACAAAAUUUAACUCCUCGAUUAAUUCCGGAAAGGUUACAAUAUCCAACUUCACAAAAUUUAACUUCAAUAAAAAGAAAAACUACAAGAUUAAGAUUCGGGUUUGGAGAAAUUUCACGAGUAAAGAAAACAAUUAAUUAA